AUGAGUAGCCCUACAGCACAGCUAGAAACACCACAGAGCAAACAGGAUUCUGUUGACUCUGGGGGUUCUUCCUCAAAAGAAUGCUGCUCUGAGAAAGACAGUAAUGUCCACCCUGGCUCUGCUGUGACUGCUGCGUGGACAGGACCGCCACCAGAUGUCAGCCUGCCGGGGACGGUUACCCAUGCUCACCUGCAUACUAUCCAACCAGAGAUGGUGGACCCUCUAAACAUAGGAUUCCACUAUCCAUGUCAGCCCACUCAGUAUCAGCUGAUUUAUCCAAACUUCUUCCUGGAGCCCCAAUUCAGCCAAUACCAGCUCCUCAAUGGCCCUGCACCUGCUCCACCAGACAGCAGUCAUCAUGGCUCAGUUUCUGCUUCCUGGUUUACUGAUGAACCCAUUCUCUACAGCAUGGUGCUGAGUGACCAGCCCAACCCUAUAGUUGUGGACCAGCAGUUUCAGGAGGGACAGCCAGAAGCCACAUCUCACAUCAGUCAACCUGUGGAGUGUAAUGUCAGUGGCGGUAGACAGACAGUGCUGGUUAAUUCCUGUGAGCCAGGACCUGUGCUUCUUAAUCUGGACUCUGCAUACAGUGUUGAUGGACUAAUGCCAGGGAAAGGUGUGAGUUUGUUGGGGACUUCCAGUCAGUUUUCUGAGCACCACCAGGCAGUUUAUCCCCAGUAUGAGGCCAGUGAUCAGACAGUCAGCACGAAGCCUCAAGACUCAGGAAUCAUUGGAAUCAGAAGGCCGUGCCACUGCACCAGAUCCCAGUGCGUCAAACUCUACUGUGAGUGUUUUGCCAGCGGAGUGAUGUGCAGCAACUGUUACUGCUCUAACUGCCACAACAAUGCAGAGCAUGUAACAAAGCGUCAGGAAGCAGUUAAGUCCUAUUUAAGUUGCAAUCCAGAUGUCUUCAGGACCAACUUUGCUGGUAGGACAUCAAGAAAGGUUAAGGGCUGCAACUGUAAACGCUCUGGCUGCCUGAAGAACUACUGCGAGUGCUUUGAGGCCAACAUCAUGUGUAGCUCCAGCUGUAAAUGUCUUGGCUGCAAGAACUAUGACGAAGGCUCACAAAUGAAAAACAAAGGAAAGACUGUCAAUAUGAUGGACACAGGGCCUGCGUCAGUGAUAACCCCUGCUGUUGUGGAGGCUGUGUGUAACAAUCUACUGGCUCAGGCUGAGGAGGCUGCGACAGAGGCCCAGAGCCCGACCCAGGCUGAGCACAUGGUCCUGGAAGAGUUUGGACAGUGUCUCUCACAGAUUGUCACGGCCAUGUUCAAGAACAAUACCUUCUAA